AUGGCUGACUGCAAGCCACUCACCACUCCAGCGGCCGUAAAUCAGGUUGUGUCUCCGACUGAAGAAUCAUGUGAUAAUCCGAUGCAAUACCGUCGUCUUGUGGGUGCCCUGCAGUACCUGACUAUCACCCGGCCAGACUUGGCUUAUUCUGUUAAUCGGCUGUGCCAGUUCAUGCACACACCUACAGUGGAUCAUUGGGGUCUUUUGAAGCGGGUUCUACGGUAUAUCAAGGGCACGACUACCUACGGUCUUCAGCUUUCUGCAUCCACCUCGUCUGACAUUCAUGCUUUUUCAGACUCCGACUGGGCCGGUUGUCCGGUGGACAGAAAGAGUACUAGUGGUUAUGCAGUGUUUCUUGGUUCGAAUCUUAUUUCUUGGUUGUCCAGGAAACAGCGCACUGUUGCACGUUCGUCGACCGAGGCCGAGUAUAAGGCUCUUGCUGAUGAUCUGCUGAAGACGAAACAUGUCGAUAUCGACUACCAUUUCGUCAGGGAUAAGGUCGCUUCUGGAGACAUGGUCGUUAACUUCGUGUCCACCAAGGAUCAACUGGCGGACAUCUUCACCAAACCAUUGCCAGGUCCUCGGUUCACUGCUUUGCGGGACAAGCUCAACGUGGUUGUGCACCACCCUUGUGCUUGA